AUGGCUGUACAGAGGCAGCGUCUACUUGACUCAUGCCGUGACAAGAGUAUUUCACUUCUUGGAAUCAACAAACAUGCGGUUGCCCUUCGAGGUUCCGAAGAUGCUGUAGAAACUUUCGUUCAGCACUACCAGCAAUUCUGCAGGACUGAAGAGGAUGAACUAGGACCAGAAACAGGAUCUGAGCUUUCAGAUGACCUCGCCCUUGAGCUGACACCUGAACUUACUUCGUCUCCACCAACCUCCUAUGCGCCAGCAGUAGAAAACCUUGUUGUAGGAGCUAGCCUUUGCGAGUCUUCCACCACUGCUCCUCAUAACGGUGGUCUUAAAGGAGUUCAUCCGUCAAUCAUCAACAAGAUUGGCGAGCUCACAGGAUGUAGUAUCGAGCACGGAGGCAAGUCAGCUAGUGGAUAUCCGGUUGAAGGCCAAAUUACUGUCAGUCUGCAGAAGGCACUGCAGAAAUUACCAAUCACACGAAACUUCCUAUGCUCCGAGAAUGAGACCAAUACAAGAUUUGCAUUGAAAGCUUUGAACGACACCCACGAUUACCGCAUCUUCAACAGUUUGGGCUUUAUCUCAAACGCGAACAGAACACUAAGCUCUCAAUUUGUUGUCAUGCUCUUGGACAAAUAUGGAGACGUCAUCCCAAUAAAGGAACAACCAAGAAGUUUGGCACAUGCCCAGCUUUGGUUUGGCCGUUGGUUUAAGGAGAUUGGUAUGGUGCACUGUGAGGAUAAAAUCACAGAUUCGGAAGACUUGAAAUCUCCCGAUAAUAAAGUGAAAGCUUGGCUUAAUGAGACGCCCAUGUCUCCUGGGGCAAUGGACGAUGAGAUACCACCAAUUUCGGGCCCACUGAGCGUUAUAGAAGCCGAUCAAAGCCAGCCUGACUUUGUGACAACAAAACGAAACCGCAAAGUCAAAGUCACUCAAGUGGCAGAUCAAGAGACUCAGCGUUUCAUACCGGAAGUGGUCUACAGACCAGCCAACACCAUGUUACGCCAGCAGCCAUCUACUCAGACCCUUCCCAGCAUUGCCAUAAGUCCUGUAGCAGGACUGUCUGAGAGCGGUGCUAGGGCUCUGCCUCCGGUUAUAAAUGCGGCAGAAACAUCAAACGCCAACAGCCUCUACUACGACCAGGUCGCACGGGAGCAUAAAAUGCUCGAUGGAAACGAGAACAUUCACCAUCGAAAAGUAAAUGGUAACGACCAGGAGGUGUUAGGAGACAGCUUGCUAGAUGCAUCAAAUGAUGUCUUACACCAGCUUCGAAUGCCUUCACUGCUGAUACGCGAAGACUCGGCUCCGCAAGACGAUCCUCCUGAACAGGCUAGCAAGACAAGUAGGUUUAUCAAUAUCACAACAAAUGAACAUCCCUUGAAUGACCCGGGUCAACCUGCCUCUGCCUUACGCUAUACGGAUCUCAAAGAUGGCAGCAAGACUGAGCUUCUGAUUGAUCUAACGCUAGAUGAAUCCCAAGAAGCUCCUUCAUGCGCAUCGUCCCUCCACUUGUCAACCUCGCAUCGCCGUACUAAUAAGCAGAGUGGGUCUACAAGGAAGCGCAAGGCUGGUCGGACAAAUGCGAAAAGCCAGUCUCAGAAGCCUGAAUCUGAUUGGACUGUUGCGUCUGAUGGAAGGACCCACGAUAUCAUUGGUUUGCCAAGUACACCAAAGGAGAAUGUUAUACACUAUACCAUGCGGCAGAAGACGCCCAACCGCACUCCACUAAUUGACGAGGACUUAGAGCAAAAGGAGACGAUGUUGGCCGAGAUGCUAGAUCUCGCACGAUCAUUUGCUGGUCCCUUAGUCUUGAAGAUUGAGUUUGGCAGGUUUCUGAUCGAUCCGGUCACUCUGCCGAUUGUGUUAAGGAACAAAAGAUAUUCGAAGGAGAAUUUGACCUCCGUAAUGUGCGGCAAAGAAAGUAUUCGGCCGUCUUUCAUCAAUAGAUUGACUACAAAGGUUACACAGGCUGAGUCAAUGCUCGACUUGAAACUGCGCGCAGGAAAGACGCUGUUCGAACGAGAACCCCAAGACUGGAUCGUUACUCAUGAGAUACACUGCUCGACGCCCCAGGGGGAAGAUGUUGUUAUCAUCAUUCAUGAGGACAGCACCUAUCACAUCAGCCCAGUAAAGCGUGUUGUGGGUGCGCUGAAUCUAUUUUAUCCCAAGCGUGCUUGGGAUGCUCGUCUUGUGGUCCAAGGGUCGGAGUGCCUUGGAGGUAGUCAAAAGGCAGACUUUGACGGUAUUGUUCAGAGCUUCAAGGUCAGCCCUCGUCCACUAAGCUUAAAGAAUGAGGUCAACAUCACGUUCCAAGUUCCCUCGACGGCAUUCAAAAUCAAAGGCUUAAUAGCGAGAAGGGAGACCAUCCAUCAAACACAAUAUCCUGACCUACAGCUUCGGCUUACUGAGGUCUUCGAUGCCAGCUGCAAAGCCUUUGGAGAAAUUCCUACGAGCUUUGUCGGGGCGUUGAACUCAACGCUAGAGAUGUCGGCUAUGGAUAAAGUAUGGUGGACGGCAUCAAUCCAUUCUAUCAAAGCGAAUGCAAUUCUGAAAUCGAAUGAGAGUCUAGCGCUUGGCGAACAAGCUGGCUGGAGUCCACAAGGUGUACUGCAGGGCGGAGUCAUACGCGAUCUGCUGUCGAUAACGGAGGAUGUUGUGACUAGGAUCGAUCAUAUUGGCCUCCGGAUAUGA